AUGUCAGCACUGGAUCCAUACUGUGUAGUUUUUAAGUGUCUGAUUAGAGGAAUUGUUUCCAUCAUGACCCUCACUGUCCUUGCCUACGAGCGCUACAUUCGAGUCGUUCAUGCAAAAGUGAUUGAUUACUCUUGGUCCUGGAGGGCCAUCACCUACAUCUGGUUGUACUCGUUAGCUUGGACUGGAGCACCUCUCCUAGGGUGGAACAGAUACACACUGGAGAUACAUGGACUAGGUUGUUCAGUAGACUGGCAGUCAAAAAACCCCAGGGAUGCCUCCUUUGUGCUCUUUUUCUUUCUUGGCUGCCUAGUGGCUCCUGUUGGAAUCAUGGCCUAUUGCUAUGGCCAUAUUCUAUAUACAAUACGAAUGCUUCGCUGUGUUGAAGAUUUUCAGACUAUGCAAGUGAUCAAACUCCUAAGAUAUGAAAAGAAAGUGGCUAAAAUGUGUUUUUUAAUGAUCUCCAUCUUCCUUAUCUGUUGGAUGCCUUAUGCAGUGGUCUCUCUUUUAGUAGCUUCUGGCUAUGGCAACCUCGUAACUCCAACCGUGGCUAUCAUCCCAUCUUUCUUUGCCAAAUCAAGCACUGCAUAUAAUCCAGUUAUCUACAUCUUCAUGAGCAGAAAGUUUCGACGAUGCCUUUUGCAGCUCUUGUGCUUUCGCCUGCUAAGAUUCCAGAGGACUAUGAAAGAAAGACCAGUGUUAGGGAAUGAAAAGCCAAUAAAACCAAUAGUUAUGUCCCAGAAAGUUGGGGACAGGCCAAAAAAGAAAGUGACUUUCAGCUCUUCCUCAAUCAUUUUUAUUAUUACAGGUGAUGAUACCCAGCAAACAGACAACAGCAGCAAAUACAAUAGCAUGAAAAUAAAUGUGAUUCAAGUAAAGCCACUAUAGUGGCUAAGCUACAUGUGUUAGAAUCUGAAUAGACGUUAGCCAAUGAAACUGUUUGGUGUGAAGAUUUCUUUGAUUAUAGUGUAAUGAGGAAAGCACUGUCCUUCAGCUUUUGAAAUGUUGAACCAAUUCAGUGGGGUGAAGCUCUAUGAACAAUUUAAUCAUGGCAACAAUAUAGAAUUCUUUACAUUUGUACCCAACGUAUUGCUGGACUGAAUUUUUUUAAAAAUUGAGUAGUCAGCAUGCCUUAAGUCACAGACUUACCAGGGAAAUCCAGGGAGUUUCUGAAGCAGGCCUUUGGUUUGCUGACCAGAACCUGCUCUUGACAAAAAAGGUGACUUUCACAUUGCUGCCUCUACCGUCAGACACAAUACAAAGCCAGGAGGAAGUUACAGCUUGUUUAGUUGAAGCUGUCCUGUUGUUUUGGUGCUACUCAUUAGGUGCCCUUUACCUAGAGGUGGGCAAUAAUUUUCUUAGGGGGGCCACUUAAUGAAUUUUGGAACUGAUCUGGCUCCACCCCUGGAAGGGCCAAGGCCUGGGGCAGAAGAGGUGGGACUGAAGACUAGCCUGCCCCUAGAGUGGCAUGGUGCUGGAGGCUUUGAAGUAAAUACACAGCAAAGAGCUUGUGGCUUUGGCCCCUGCCAGGUCAGUGCUGUGACCGGGAGCUGGGAGCCAUUUAAAUAGGAUCCUGCUGCCUGAGCCAUUUCCUGGAAAUUCAGUGGCACCGGCAGAAGGAUAUAAACAUAAAGUGGACAGAUGCAUUCCACAGCCUGGAUCCGGCAUCCAGGCUGCAUCUUGCCCAGCCCUGCCGUAACCACCAUGAGAGGUGUUCUGGAGAAAUUAAAAGGAAAUAAAGACACUGGUAAAGAGAUGACUAAAAGGAGAGCAAAAAUGUUGCACACCACUACAUCCUGCUUUAGUUUAAAAAAAAAAAAAAAAACCUAAAAAAAAAAAAUCUAACAAACAGCAGAAAAUGUAGAUUAGGAGGCACUGACAACAAAACCACACGCAUAUACACAUUUAUUACAUGGAACUGAGAUCCUGAUUACUUUUUGAUCAUUACCUUUCCUGUAAUACAUUUUGUGAGCGUAACAGGUAUCAACCCAGCUGCCUGUGCUUACAUUUUAACUCUAAGUAAUAACACUCAGCAGAAUAGUUACAGAAGUGACUCUGAACUUGGUAAAAAGUCUUGAAAAUUAUUGCUUUUCAAUGCUGUACUCCAGAAGUAGCUGCAUUUCGAUAGUAGGCAUGUUUGUGUGUUGGGACUCGAGUCUCCACCCCACUACAUUAGUUUUACAUCAGUGAACUGAACAUGUAUCAACUGAAUUUCAUUGAUGUGUAAUGGAGAAUCAGGCCCAGGGGUGAUCCUGGAUUGGUGUUAUUUUAGGCCAUCACUUCCGCACGUGUUGCCAUUAGGACAAUAUGGAGCCUAGAGUAUAGCUUGUAGUUUCUCCGCUCUGAUGGAAACUGGAGGAGAAGCAGAUAUGGGGCCAAGGGGACCAGGCUAGACACUCAUUUGCACUAACAAGAGUUGAUCUGGCCUCAAAGAGUUCAAUAGGGACCAGAAACAAAAGUCAUCAGCUAGAGCCUGACCACUGGACAUACUGAUUGAACUCAGCUGGUGUUAAAGUGAGGGACCCAGUCCACUCCCUCCCUUCUUUCAAGAGGCUAAAAACAUUUCAUUUUAUGCAGUCCAUGAACUCCUCAGACACAAUACAAAGGUUUCUUUUCUUGUUCCUAGGCAGGGGUGUAGCAGCAGUGGCAUGAGGUACCUUGUACACUAACCCCUCUGUUGUAUCCCCACUGAUAAGCUGACUAUAUGUAAUGUUCUAAUCACAUAAGCACACAAAGAAAUAGGCAUUAGUUCAUGUAAGAAAGGACAUAGGUGAAACACUUGUCUACUCCCCGCCCCACAUAGGCAUAGUUUUGAGUUGUUUUGUGAAUCUGGAUUCAUGUCCUUAAUUUAAGUUAUCUGUUUCCCCCUUUUUCCUACCAAUGAUCACUACCUAUGCACAUUUGUUUUUACCAAAGAGAGAGAAAUGCACCAGAAAUCCACAUAAAUUACCAUCCUUUAACAGAAUGUGUAUGUUUAAUAUUUUAGCGUUUGAUGUGUCUCAAGCCUUUUAUGAGAUUAAACUUACCUUAUUUGUCAUACAUUAA